AUGUCUCUCAUUGAGCGUGCUAUGCACGGGGAGAGAAGAAUAUCCUAUUAUCAUUAUAACCCCUCGCUGGCAGUAGCAAUUGUUGCUGCUGUCUUGUACACCAUUGCUUUUCUGUUGACAGCCAUACAAUGGGUCCGGUACAGGGCCUGGGUCUGGAGCGUCAUGGUGCUAUCAGCAGCCAUGGAAGCAAUCGGCUACAUUGGGAGAUGCGUCUCAGUCAAAAACCCAUUGCAGAGAGACGUUUACGUUCUUCAAUUCGCCCUCGUCAUCCUUGCACCCGUUCUUAUGGCAGCCUGCUGCUAUAUCAUCUUCAGUCGCAUUUUGUUCCUUGUUGUUCCGAAAGAACAACGCACAUUCCGAUUAUGCUGGGUACCUCCCCGAUGGAUUACACCUAUCUUCGUCGGGUUUGACAUCAUUGCUCUGCUACUCCAGCUCGGUGGUGCGGUGAUGAUCUCUACAGUUGAGGUGACAGAUAAGGAUGCGAGAAAAAACCUUAACACGGGAAAACAUGUUGCCCAAAUAGGUGUUAUUAUUCAACUAGUUGCCUUUGGCUUGUUCGCAGUCGCAGCUGUCCGUUUCAACUUCACUUCCAAGCGUUUCACUCGGUCUCUAGACGAGCGAUAUGAGAAUGUCGGAGAAAAGGAGUACAGGAUUGGUGGCACCGUCAAACACAAGAAUUGGCCUGCUCUAUUGAGAGUUGUCAAUUUCUCCACGAUAUUGAUUCUUGUUCGGUCUGUUUAUCGACUUGUCGAAUUCACCGAAGGCACAACAGGGUAUUUGAGCACCCACGAAUGGGCUUUGUAUAUCUUUGACGCCUUGUUUAUCUAUCCGUGUGUUGCACUUUUCAUCUAUUGGCACCCGGGAAGAUAUUUGCCGUACUUGGGCUUUCGACUGCCGAAAGGUGCACACGAUAACAUGAAUUGCGAGAUCAUCAUGGAGGGACUAUUCACUCUGCUCGCCUUGAGCAUUGUGAUGGCAAUUACAUCUUUUGUCGUCGGCUCAUUACCUCUCGCUUUUACAUUGUCCCCCUCUCAGCUCCGCUUAAUAUCGUCCAUUGGUAUGGGUGUUUUGGUGGGGACAUCGUUGAUUGUGAUUAUCCCCGAGGGCAUUGAAACUCUCUACAGCGCAAACUCUCUCACUCGCAAGCAACACAAUACACGCGCUACCGCUAUCGAAUGGCAAAACCAGGCGCCGGCCGUGGCCACUUUUGACCCUAACGGAAACAUCGACUCAAGCCUAUCGUCUGACACCCCUAUUCCGAGUCUCCUUCUGGAAAGAGACCAAUUCUCCGAGUCGCAAACACUUUAUGUCCGAAAGGAGGAUUCGACAGGUGAAACAACGGGCAAUGAGACGAUUCACGGAGAGGAGGAGAGCUCGCCGCAUGCGUGGGUCGGAAUCGCCCUCAUCAGUGGUUUCAUUUUGAUGUACCUCGUCGAUAAACUGCCCGAAUUCGCUGCGCCGACUAAGAGCGAACGGAUGCCCUACCAUAUCUCGUUGGAUAACCUUGGGUCGGGGUUGCGGCGGGGUUCCUCCCCCUCGCGCGAGGGUGGACUACUGGAUGCAAACCACGCGUCCAGACGGGGCCACAGCUUUGCGACCACGACCGGCCUAGUGAUCCACGCCGCGGCGGACGGUAUUGCUCUAGGCGCUUCUAGCUCGGAUGCCGGGCUCAGUUUUAUUAUCUUCUUGGCGAUCAUGGUGCAUAAAGCUCCAGCAUCUUUUGGACUGACCUCCAUUCUGCUGAAGCAAGGGCUGUCAAGUCGCACCGCGAGAGCGCAUUUGCUGGUCUUCAGUCUUGCAGCUCCCUUCGGUGCGUUGGCCACUUUCCUGUUUGUGCAGAUGAUGGGAUCUUCCGGUGCCGAUGAGGCGGGCACUCACUGGCGCACUGGAAUGCUGCUGCUUUUCUCCGGGGGUACCUUUUUGUAUGUUGCGAUGCACACUAUGCAAGAAAAUGGCCCAGGUUCGUCCCCGCGCGAACUUCCUACCAACGGAUAUGGUGACCGAGAUCAGAAUGGAUCGGACAAGUCCAUGAGAGACUUGAUUGCAUCUGUUUUAGGCAUGAUCUUGCCACUAUUCUUGCAGAUUGGACAUGCUCACUGA